UGACCCGGAAGAGUCAGCCUUUCAGCCAAUGGAGAGAAAGCAGCGAGGAUGGUUGUGCAGUGAGGUCCAGAGCGGGUUUCUUAGAGUCGCAGCGGGGAUUGGGGGUCCUAGAGCACCGCAAUCAUGUCUAUUAUGUCCUAUAACGGAGGGGCCGUCAUGGCCAUGAAGGGGAAGAACUGUGUGGCCAUCGCGGCCGACAGGCGCUUCGGGAUCCAGGCCCAGAUGGUGACCACCGACUUCCAGAAGAUCUUUCCCAUGGGCGACCGGCUGUACAUCGGCCUGGCCGGGCUCGCCACCGACGUCCAGACCGUUGCCCAGCGCCUUAAGUUCCGGCUGAACCUGUAUGAGCUGAAGGAGGGUCGGCCGAUCAAACCUCACACCCUCAUGAGCAUGGUGGCCAACCUCCUGUACGAGAAGCGAUUCGGCCCCUACUACACUGAGCCAGUCAUUGCUGGGUUGGACCCGAAGACCUUUAAGCCCUUCAUUUGCUCUCUGGACCUCAUCGGCUGCCCUAUGGUGACCGACGACUUUGUGGUCAGUGGCACCUGCACUGAACAAAUGCACGGAAUGUGCGAGUCCCUCUGGGAGCCCGACAUGGAUCCAGAACACCUGUUUGAAACCAUCUCCCAAGCCAUGCUGAAUGCUGUGGACCGGGAUGCGGUGUCAGGGAUGGGGGUCAUCGUCCAUGUCAUCGAGAAGGACAAAAUCACCACCAGGACACUGAAGGCUCGAAUGGACUAACCUCUUCCUCCUGCACUGCCAGAGCACCGCCCCACUUUUUUUUUUUUUUUUUUUUUAAUAAAAUAGUUUUUCUUU